AUGGGCAACAGCUCCUCCAAGGACGAGCGCAAAGCCUCGAAGCCGAGUAGCUUACGGUAUGCAAGUCAGCAAGCUGCUUCGGGUGAGCCAUCGCCCUCGCAGCUAGCACCUGGAGAUCGCCUCGCUGGGACGAUAUACACGAACCGAAAUGGGAGUGCGAGGGGGAGUAGCAGCAAUCUGGCGUUUCUACACAUAGGGAGAGGUGAUAGGCAGACGGAGACCAUAGCGCCGGAACGACCGCGGGAGACGAAGCAGGAGAGAGAGGCACGGAGGGUGGAGCGGGAACGGCAGGCACGACUGAAAGAGCGAGAGCGGAGUCUACGAGAAGAGCAUGUCGAUGGAGGCUACCUCGUCACACUGGGUGUGUACACUGGCGCGGAAGACUUCAGCAAACCUGUCGUGAGGCAGCUUCAGAUCGAGAGGAGGCUCGCGCCUUUUUGGAAAGGACUGGACGAUCACUCGGACUCAUGGACAGAAGCGCAACUUGUGGCUGCUGCGAGGGGAUUGCCCAUCCCGAAACCUGAUGAGGUGCCGGCCGAGAUGGCGAGGAGUGCAUGGCAGCAGGCUGAGCGAGAUGCGCCGAGGGCGAGUGAGGCUAAUCUGAACAGCCUGACAGUGCCGAUAACGUCGAGGUCGCAGUCAUAUCAGUCGGACAAGUCGGCGAAUCUGUCUUCGUCACAUCCUGCCUUCUCCAUCUCUGGACCGUCAUCGCCUACGAGCGCGAACUCGAGCAACCCACUGUUCAGAGGCCGAGCGAAGACACUGGCGUCGACUCUGACGGGCAAGGGUCAGUCGCCUGAUAUCAGCCCGCAGGAGAUGCGACUCCCCAACAAUCCAAAUGUCAAUGGCCAACCCCUCGAGGCUUAUCUAUACAAAGAUGCCGAAGAGUGUCCGAUCUGCUUUAUGUAUUACCCACCAUACCUUAACAAGACUCGGUGUUGCAAUCAGGCGAUAUGCUCAGAGUGCUUUGUGCAAAUAAAACGACCGGACCCACACCCUCCGGAGCACGAACAGCCUGGAGAGCAACGAUCGCCAGAGGAGGAAGCUGAGAUGUUGGUGUCGGAGGUUGCGGCGUGUCCAUACUGUGUUAUGCCAGAGUUUGGAGUGACGUAUGAUCCGCCACCGCUUAAGAGAGGUCUGGCGUAUUCACAGCAGCAGAGCAAUCCUUUCAGAAAUCCUACUUCGGCGAACGCAUCUUCGACUUCGCUAGCGCCACCUGCUGGACGUAGGAGAGCGACUUCUCUGUCUGCCAAUGACUCGAGGGUCAUCACUACCGAUCGAGUACGGCCUGACUGGAAGAAGAAGCUGGACGAUGCGAGAGCGCACGCUCUACGAAGGUCAGCUGCAGCUACUGCACUACAUAACGCAGCAUACGUGCUCGGCAACCAAGGCGACGCAUCAUCACGCACAUUGCUAGGGCGACGGCGAAGAACGCUGUUCGGUGACAGCCCGAACGCCAGUGGAAGUGGAACACCGCGUGAAGGCGAUGCAAGCGGCGACCUGGUCUCUGGACGGACAAGCUCGCGGCGGAACAGAGUCGAAGACCUUGAAGAUCUGAUGAUGAUGGAGGCGAUCAGAUUGUCUCUCGCUGCUGAGGAGGGGCGAAAACGGAAGGAGGAAAAAGAGUUGCACAAGGAUGCGAAGAAGAAAGCGAAGGCCGAUAAGAAGGAGGAGAAGAAGGCUGAGAAGGCUUUUAGGAAGGGCGGCGCUGGUGGCUCGCUGUAUCAUGCUGGGACGAAUGAAAGCAGUAGUACGUGGGCGAGUACCAGUAUGGCACGGUCGAGCAGCAAUCUUGGAAGCCAGCCAAUACCGGAGGAGCAGAUGCAAGGGAAGGGGAAACAGCCUGUGCAGGACUUUGCUGGUUUCAACCCAAUGUCGGAACCAACUUCGACGCUCAACAGAGACGUAUCGCCGGAAGGCUCGACAGCACAUACCUCAGAUCCACAACGGCAUCUUGAGGAAUCCCGCGCGAAUUUGCAACCCCCGGCCUCAGCCCCAAUCAACACACCUGCAAAUCUUCGCGCAUCCCACCUGCGCGAGCUCUCGAACGCUUCAUCAGCGGCAUCAUCGUUCAUCGAGUCUCCGCAGCCAGGCAGUCUGCCUACUGGCUCAAAUAUGCCAACACACCUCGACGUCACAACAGCUGGCGCAACAAACGACAACUCCAACCUCUCAUCCACAACCGGCACACCAGCCGCAACAGCCUCAUCCGCAGAGCCCAUGUUCAACUUCCGUUCCCUGGCCGCUAUGAUCGGCAAGGAAGAAGGAGACGACCACGUCGAGCACGCCGGAAUGGAAACAGAACCUACGACGCGAGCGGAAGAGGAGCUUAAAGAGCCUUCACCGACCGCGAGCCCGGGGUUAGCACCGACGAGUAUCACAGACGGUACUAGGAGUAGAGGCAAUAGUGGAGAGAGUAGUGCCAGCGCUCCGCCGCCGAUCUACGUCGAGCAUCCGGACAUGGAGGUGAAGCGGGAGCAUGGUGAUGGCGAUGAUGAUGAGAUUCAGCAGGUGCCUCAAAGCAGACUCGUCCAUGACCCAGACAGGAAAGAGGUCGGCGGGAUUGAUGUUCAUCCUAGGAGUGAGGGGAGGAAGGUGUAG